GAGAAAUUUGUUCGUAUGAACGGAUUAAACAAACAAGAAACCUCUUGAGAAAAAGAAAGAAAACAGUGUUUUCUCUUCUGCGGUUUCGUUGUAACGUCUCUGCAUCUUCUAUCAUUUGUGAAAGCCACUCAGCUCUCAGAGUAAUUCCUCGCCUCCAAAUGUCUUCCACCACCACCACUGUCCACCGCAACCGGAGGCCGUAUCCGCCGCCGGAUACCUCGAAGCACUACACUGAAGUCCCGCCUCGCACCGUGAAGCAGCACGGCGCCUUGUACAAGAUGAUCAAGCGCCUUGAACCCGAGAUCGCCUUUGGAGAGUUGGAGCCGGCGGAGAAAGUUUUCGUGACAGUGGCCGGCCUUCUUAUCUUGACGCUUGCCCUUUGGGGACCAAUAUACCUUGUGCGUUAUGCGAUGUCAUGA